UCAGCUGAUGUUGACGCGCACUCCCACCUCAAUCUUUCUGGUGCUUGCGCGCGUUACUUUGUUGUCCUUCUUGGAUUUAUUAAACCCAUUGAUUACCCUUUAAUCGGUUAGAAUAAAAUAUGUCAGACGAAGACGCCAAGGUAGAGGAGGCCCAGGAAGAGGAUGAGGCAAAGGACGAGGAAGGAGAGGGGAGCGAGGGUGAGGAGGAUGCCAAGGAAGAAGCUGCUGAGCCGCCUAAAAAGCGCGCCAGGAAAGCUGCUCCAAAGCCCAAGGAAGUACCGAAGAAAGGUGUGAGGAAACUACCUACUACUGCCCCUGGAGCUAAAAAGAAGAAGAAGGUAGUCAAAAGGCAUCCCAAGACAAUGGACAUGAUCAUUGAGGCUAUUGAGAACCUGGGAGAGAGAAAAGGCUCAAGUGUGCAGGCCAUUAAGGCGUACAUCCUCCAGAACUUUAAAACUGUACGUACAGACAUGGUCAAAUCCAUGUUGAGGCGUGCUCUCAAUCUUGGCCUGGAGCAAGGUGUUGUAUCACGGCCAAAGGGACAGGCAGACACACAGGUGAUGAGUGGCAGAUACCUUUUGGGCAAGUCAGCUAAGAAGGAAGAUGAAGAUGAGGUUAUGCCUCAGCAGUCCAAACGAGCACAGGAUGCAAAAAAAUCAGCCAAGAAGGGUAAGAAGAAGGGUGGAAAGAAGGCCUCAAAAAAAGUGGCAAAGAGACCUGUUGCCAAGAAGGCAAGUACACCCAAAUCAAAGCGACCGGUGAAGAAAACCAAGGGAAGAAAGUGAGGUGUAAAGGGAGUGUGGGAUAUAUUUUUAUUUAGAAAUUGAUUUAUAUUUCCCAGAGUAUAUAUUAGAUGGUUCAUACUCAUCUUUCAUUAUCAUAUAUUUAUGUAGCUGCUGAGCUAAAUGUGUACCUAGAACUCAAUUUUUAUUUUAUCUGGUGAUUGAAGCAUUUUGUGCUUCAUUGUCACAGCUUAUUCAUCUUUUGUGAUAGUGGAACCAAAUGAAGAUGGUUUAUUCACCUGUGUAGGUGACAGAAUUAAAGAAAUGCCUUUUUUA